AUGACUGUGCCAGUUUUCAGAAGCCCGCUUGGCGGCGGAGAGUUUGGUGGGCCCAACAGAUCAGACAACAAACAAACUGGGAGGAGGCGGGUUUUCGUUCAAACCGAAACUGGCUGUGUUCUGUGCAUGGAGCUCGAUAGGAGUGACAAUGCUCACACUGUGAAAAGGAGAUUACAGCUGGCGCUCAAUUUCCCGAUCGAGGAAAGUUCUUUGACUUUUGGUGACAUGAUCCUUAAAAAUGACCUAAGCGCUGUCCGAAAUGAUUCCCCUCUCCUCCUAACUCGGAAUUUGAUGCACCGUAGCUCGUCAACUCCUUGCCUGUCCUCUACGGGCCGGGACGUCCAGCUGAAGGAGCUUGGUGGGAUGAUCGAGAUAUUGGGCCACUCAACGAGUUUCUCCAAGACCAAGCAGCUCGUGAAAGAGAUAGUCAAAGGGGUCAAGAAUGGGGUCGACCCGAUACCAAUCCACAGCGGGCUUGGAGGCGCAUACUUUUUUCGAAACGUGAGAGGCGAGAGCGUGACCAUCGUGAAGCCCACAGAUGAGGAGCCCUUCGCCCCAAACAAUCCCAAGGGGUUUAUCGGGAAAGCUCUCGGACAGCCGGGCUUGAAACGUUCGGUCAGGGUCGGGGAGACUGGUUUCAGAGAGGUGGCCGUCUUAUCUUCUCGAUAA